UAUCUAUUGCAUUAUGUGACUCUGUUGGGAGGGAAAUGUUGGAUGCAGAGUGUAAAAAAGAGCAUAGAUAGAGUCUCAUAGAGUAAAAGACUUUCACGCGACUCUCUUGGAGAUUCAAUUUUGGGUUACGAAAUCGCAAACAUUUCUGCGGGAAAUGCGCGAAAUUUUAACUUUUAAGCAUCAAAUUUAGUCAAGCUUUCACACGAACAUAAUUCAUCUUUCCGCGUGCAGAAUUGUACUUUGAUCAUCAUCUUGAGUUGAGGAUCUUUGCUGAAGAAUGGAGGCCGAGACGGAGAUUUUUAUGAACAACAACAACACGGAUGAUGACAGAAAUUACAGCAGCAUCAGAGAAUUCUAUCGAGACGGCGUGGUUUUUGUGACUGGCGGCACGGGUUUCCUCGGAAAGGUCCUCAUUGAGAAGCUCCUCUUCAGUUGUGAUGACAUCAAAGCCAUUUACGUGCUCCUCAGAUCGAAUCGCGGUCUCACCAGCGAACAGCGCUUCAAAGAGUUCGUGAAAAACCCAGUGUUUGAUCGCGUACGGGCGCGCGAUCCUCUCGCUCUUGACAAAAUGACCUGCAUCGCUGGUGACAUCAAUGAGAUGUCGUUUGGCUUGGACGAGACGAGCAUGACGAAGGUGAUGGAAAAUGUCACAGUGGUUUUUCACGUUGCCGCCACAGUGAAAUUCAAUGAGAGUCUGAGGGAUGCCGCGUGUCUCAACACACUUGGCACGCAGACAAUGAUGGAUUUGUGCUGCAAGAUGAAAAAGCUGAAGAGUGUUGUUCACGUGUCCACAGCCUACAGUAAUCCAGGAUUGAAGUACGUGGGCGAGACUGUGUACGCGACCAAAGGACCAUUAGAUAAGGACACGUUCAUCAAGUGCAUCAAAGUACUACCAAAAGAAAUCAUAGAUUCAUUCGCAGAUCGAUUGCAGGGAACGCAUCCCAACACCUACACGCUGACCAAAUCCAUGGCUGAGGAAGUGGUCGCAGAGUACACGAAUAAAAUCCCCGUGUGCAUAGUGAGACCCUCAAUCGUGACGGGCUCCAUUAAGGAGCCUUUCCCCGGCUGGGUGGACAAUGUGUACGGCAUCACUGGCAUCAUGAUGGAGAUCGGCCGCGGCACCAUCAGCAGCAUCAUGUGUGAUCAGAAGUGCAUCAUGGACCUCAUUCCCGUGGACAUCGUCAGUAACACCCUGAUAACCGCCGCCUGGGCGAACGUGUGCAACUACAAGAAGAGCUCCAUCACCGUCUACAACUGCACAUCUGGCCAGAUCAACCCCGUCGGCUGGUAUGACUAUGGCAGAAUCACGGAAAAGUGGGCACGGAUAAAUCCCACCAAGUACGUGAUGUUGUAUCCCGGCUUCAGCUAUCGCACAAAUAGGCUGAUGCACAAGAUUGUUGAGGCAUUUCUGCACUUCUUGCCAGCCUACAUCUUCGACAUUAUAAUGCGAAUGCAAGGCCUGAAGCCCAUCAUGAUGAAGAUCGCGAAGAGAUUCCAGGCGGCGGCAAACACAGGAGAAUUCUUCGCAAUGCACGAGUGGGUGUUUGACAAUGGCAACUUUCGGCAACUCAUGCGAACGGCAAAGGAGGCAAAGGAUGGCGAGGAGUUCAACUGCGACAUGACGAAUAUGGAUUGGGACUCUUACGUCGAGUCCUACAUGCUGGGCAUCAGACAAUUCGUCCUGAAAGACGGCCUGGAGAGCAUGAAGAAGGCAAGGAAGAAACUUAACAGACUCUACUGGUUCAAGCGUGUCCUCCAACUGGGAUUAGCUUUCCUGCUCUACAAUUUCAUCUUCAAACCAAUAUUCCAACGCAUUUGAUAACAUCAUCAUCA